AUGGGUAAAUCCAGCAAUGUUGUUGCUGCUUCACACUUUGUUAAUUCAGGACAAGGUAACAAGAGGGAUGCUGAGGAAGAAAUCGAGCAAAACUUGAAUCUAAAGAAAAAUAAGUGGUUUGAGCCUAACCUGUCUUUAGCCCUAAAGCCGUUCUAUCAAAUCUCUUAUGAUGAGUUUAGAACAAAAACCACGGUCGCUGCAGCUGGUUCAGCCAAGCCAGUGAAAAUUACCAAAGCAUCAAAGACAGUUACCGCCAGCAACCCAUCGAUUUCCGUUGAUAAACAGGCUUGGGAUAUUGUUGAUGUGCGCGUCUAUUUAUAUAAACAUGCCGGUGGAAAUCUCAGAGCUCACUCUGCCUAUAUUGAGUUUGCAACUGAAGAAGCUGCAAACAAGGCAAGAAAGCUUCAUCGCCUAGACUUGUUGUGCCGCACUAUUAGACUUUCCCCUGUACUGGACGGCACCGGAGCAGCAGCAAAAAAAAAAAAACUUGUCAUGAAGGACAUACCAUAUAAAACGGAAAAAUCUGAUGUGAUCAAGUUCUUUAAACAGGCCGGGGAUGUUGUUGAUGUGUGUUUCUUUAGUAGAGCGGAUGAGUACAGCCGAUCUGCGCAUAUUGAGUUUGCAACUGAAGAAGGUGCAAAGAAGGCAGAAAGGCUAAAUGGGAUAGAGUUAUUGGGCAGUCCUGUUCAUCUUCGCCGUGAAGUGAAAGGCACUGGAGCAUCAAGAACACUUUGUCUCAAGAACGUACCACUUUCCAUUGAUAAAUCUCAUGUGAUUGACUUCUUUGAAGAUGUUGGGGAUGUUGCUGACUUGCGUUUCUCUUAUGACGAAUAUGGAACUUUCAGGGGAAUCGUCCAUGUUGAGUUUGCAACUGAAGAAGCUGCAAAGGAGGCAGUGAAGUGGAAUGGAAAAUAUUUGAAGGGCUGUCCUGUUGAACUUGGCAUUGUUCGUGAAACCGUCUGUGUCCAAGGUUUUGAUACUUCUUCUGACCAGAUCCACAAAAUCCUUAUAAAGAAUUUCCGGACUUGCAGAUACAUUGUUCACAUUGACAUUCUAAAGGAUCACAACACUGGUGUUCCCUGGGGGACUGCGUUAAUGAAUUUUUCCAGUCUUGAAGCUUUCCACCUAUCUCUUGAAUUGGAUGGACAAGAAGUUGAUGGUAACUCCCUGAGCAUUAAGGAUUAUGUGCCAGUAGACCUUGGUGCUGGUGCUGACCUACGAGAAGCUAUGCCUGCUGCAGGAAAUAGAAUCGUAUUUGACGAUAUUGAUGAUAUUUAA